CUUGUCGCCGUUUUCAGUGAUUGGCAAUUUGGCUGAAAUUCAUCCAGAAACUACUUAAUUAUCAGAUCUAUGAUUAACAUUCCAUUAGAGGCUAAUCAUGUCGCAGGCACUUAAAAGAGUUUUCGUCUAUGGCACCUUGAAAAAAGGCGAGCCGAAUCACCAUUGGUUAACCAGCGAAAAAAAUGGCUUCUCUCGGUUGCUAGCCAAGGGCAAAACAGAGAUUAAAUUUCCCCUGGUCAUUGGCACACGUUACAAUAUUCCAUUUCUGCUAAAUAAGCCAGGUGUGGGCCACAAUAUUGAAGGUGAGAUUUACGAGGUGGAUGAUACAAUGUUCUCAAAUUUGGACGUGCUAGAGGAAUAUCCCAGAUACUACGAUCGUGAGCUGCAAUCGAUAUUGACAAAUGAAAAUGAAAAAUUGGAAUGCUGGCUCUAUCUGAUACGUAACUAUCCGGAGAGUAUGUUGGCCAAACCUCAGCUCAGCUCAUAUAGUAAUCGGCCCGAGCAGCCAUAUAGUGAGAAGUCAGUCAGAGAUCCAAACAUCCCAGCCAGAGAUGAUUUAUCCUAUUGAAUAUAUAACAUUUUUACAGUUAUGUCCAGAGCAAACCAGAUGAUCUCUUCACGGACGGCUAGAGAGCAAAUUUCCAACUUGGAACAGAAAAGUCGAGAAGAGAGGGCGAUAGAGCUAAAGAAAUAAAUUUAUAAACGAAUAUAAAACGAAUUUCAACGCAUGGCUAUUAUUCGUACUCUCUUCUAUUACAUUGAUUCCAUAAUUCAAAAAAUGCAAACGAAAUGAACAAUAUUUCUCUUAUUUUUCGGUUACAUGGUAAAGGGUUAAUCGAAAAGCCUAAAAAAAAAGUGUUUACAAUUAUGCAUGCAGAACUCGUAAUAAAUUGAUUUUUUUUUUCUGUUUUGCUAUAGCUCCGAAUCAUAUUAGAUCAAGCUUCUAGCUUGAGUGUAGCACAUAAGAUGAAAACGGUAGAUUUUUGCUGUUUGUUUGUUGCUUGUGGUGUGUCGACAUCGUGAUCGUUGGCAUGGACAUGGCCUAGCUGUCGGCCUCAUCAUCGAGCGACUGGAAUCGAUUGGUGGCCGCAACGGGCGCAGCGGCUGUCUCCUGCACUCGCUGGUAGCGGCCGCCGUGUCUGACUUCUUCGAAGGCGGGUUCGUUUUUCUUUUUGCGCUGUUCCUCCGGCCGGGCCGCGCUCAGCG